AUGAGCAAUUCAAGGAGCCCGUCAGUGGAGAGGGAAGGAACGCUCUCCGAUACGAAAAAGACAGGCUCUCGGCGUGACAAGGAGUCAGCUAAGAGAAGAAAGACGGAGUAUCCUACGAUCGGGAGUCAAGAACUGGACGACGGGAAAUCCAUUCCUGACUGGAGGGAGACGAUGGUAGAACUAGUCAAGGAACUAAAGGAAGGCAAUCGUACUAUGCAACGUUUCGCGGAACGCCAGACUAGCGACGGAAUUCUGGCCGCAUCGGAAGGCUGGAACAACGCUACGCUAGGCAGAAUCAGGCAGAAGGAUAUCAUCGCGGCUGAGGACGGGACAAACAUGAGAUCUUUCCUGAAUCUAGUAGAGCGGGAAUUCAAGAACUCAGGGGUCCCCAUAGAAGAGUGGGGCGAGCUCCUGGGAAAAUACGUGACUGGCAAGGCCUUAGUUUUCGUAAAAUUCCUACAGCAGUCUGGAGUGGACAUGUCAGACUGGAAGGAGGUUCGGAAAAGAUUAUGUGAUAGGUUUUGCUCGCUAACGAGGAAAGAGAUGGUAAAAAUGUUGAAAAAGAACACGUGGACGGGAAACUACUUUGAGUACAUCACCCGAUUUACCGAUAUAGUAGCACUGGGGACACACAUACCGCUCGAAGAAUUAGUGCUAUGGUUCUUUACACUAAUACCUCCCGAGAUAGGAGAAAGGAUUUCUGCUGAGGGAACUAGGAAGUUCCGCGACUGGCACGAAGCAGCAGUGGCCUUGAGAGCGUGGGCCGAACCGCUAGAGGCGUGGCGUGCUGCAAGGAUAAAAAGCCAGCAGGAAUUUAUGGCGAGCGACGACGAAGAAGCGGGGAUGGAAGGGAGCGUACUUACGAACGGGAAAACAGCCCCACCAGUGAGAAAAGGGGGGCCGGCAGAAGAGGGCAACGUUAGACGGUGCUACGAGUGCACAGGGAAGGGACACGUUGGUAGGGAAUGCCCCCUCCGCAACGGCGUACCGAGACGCUCAGGCGAGAUAUGCUCUAAAUGA